AUGAUUGCCCCCUUGGAGGAGCAGACGGACGCUGUCCAUGUCCUGAUCAGUCCAGAGGAGCGUGCGUCUGGACAGAUAUCCAAGCAGAACCUGGAACAAGCUGUCGUGGCGCUCUCAGAAAACGGAGUAGUCAUCCUCGACAAUGCCGUCUCGGAGGAGAGCCUGGAUUUAUUGAACCCGCGCAUGGUCGAGGAAGCUAAAGUCCUAAGGGAAGGAUCAUCUACCUGGUUCAAUUACGACGCUAAAGCUCAAAACAUCCUCCAACACAUGAUCCCAGACCCCGAAUACUUGCUCCCCGACGUACAUGCAAAUCCCUUUGCCGUGGCAGUCUGCAAGACAAUGAUGGGACCCAACCCAGUGCUUCGAUAUCACAAGGCAAACACCAACUUCCCCGGAGAGAGCCGCCAACCCGUCCACAGCGAUGUACAUUAUGAGCAUCCUCGAGCGUGCUUUAGUCUCGCCGUUAACAUCGUCUUGAUUGAUUGCUCGCCCGAGAAUGGCUCGACCGAGUGUUGGCCGGGAACACAUACAACCACCAAGUUCUCAGACCAGAACGGCAUGAAAGGUAUCCAUCAACAUCUGCUCGAUGAGAGAGUCGGCACUCACGGGCCCCCCAUACAGCCGACGGUGAAGAAAGGCGGGGUCAUUAUCCGUGAUAUGAGAUUGUGGCACGCUGGAAUGCCGAACCGGACAGCCGAUCAGGUUCGGGUGAUGCUGAAUUUGAUUUUCUUCGCAGAUUGGUACAGAUGCCCUAUGACGAUCCAAUUCCCUAAAUCCGCCGAGGCGAAAAUCCGCGAACUUGAGAAACAAGGAGGAAUCCAAAUCGCAGCUGAAUUUGUCGACGAUCUUGACCAUCGAACCCUUGCGCACACCCAUGACUUUGGUCAGGAUGAUAAGAGAGAAGAGUUCGGAAGAUGGCACCACAAGGUCCCCCCUGCGAAGGCAAAUUGA